GAUUUGUGAUUUUGAAGGCCCUAAGCAUAUUUGAAUAAAGAUUGUGUGGAUAACAAUUUAUGAAUAAUAAUUCAGGUGACAUACAUGGACAAUACCAAGACCUGCUGAGACUGUUUGACUAUGGAGGGUACCCUCCUAGUGCAAAUUACCUAUUUCUAGGAGAUUAUGUUGAUAGAGGGAAGCAGAGUUUGGAAACUAUAUGCUUACUAUUGGCUUACAAGAUUAUGUAUCCUGAUAAAAUAUUUCUUUUGAGGGGAAACCAUGAAGAUGCCAAAAUAAACCGUAUUUAUGGUUUUUAUGACGAAUGCAAGAGGAGAUUCAAUGUUCGUCUUUGGAAGAUAUUCACCGACUGCUUUAAUUGUUUGCCUGUAUCUGCACUGAUUGAUGAUAAGAUACUAUGCAUGCAUGGUGGGCUUUCUCCUGAAUUAACAAACUUGGAUCAGAUAAAAGAUAUUACUAGGCCUACGGAUAUUCCUGACAGUGGUCUCCUUUGUGAUUUGCUUUGGUCUGAUCCUGAUCCUAGAAUACAUGGUUGGUCUGAUAGUGAUAGAGGUGUUUCGUGUAUUUUUGGGCCCGAUGCAGUUGCUGAUUUUCUCCAAACUAAUGAAUUGGACCUCAUUUGUCGCGGUCAUCAGGUGGUGGAGGAUGGGUACGAGUUCUUUGCCAAGAGACGACUUGUUACAUUAUUUUCAGCUCCAAACUAUGGUGGGGAGUUUGACAAUGCAGGUGCUCUUUUGAGUGUUGAUGAAUCAUUAGUUUGUUCUUUUGAGAUAUUAAAACCUUUGGCAAACACUUCCAAGCUGCCUCUCAAAAAGGUAUAUUUCAAUUUAUAUUUUUUUUUAUCAAAAAACAUUUGUCUGAAUGUUGACAAGAUAUUCUACAUAUUUUGA